AUGGAGCGGCGCCAGUACGGUCCCGUCGACAAUCAUCCGAAACCUUACGGCUCUUUCGCAUAUAAGGAGCGAAUUUCUACCAACAUCACCACACUAACCUCCACAAAUGCCGACUCGUCUAAUGGCCUUAUCACCGGCCUCCUCUAUGUUCCCGACCUCGACAACGACCGUGAGUGCGACCAGCAACAAUACCAGUUUAUUCCUCAAAAUGUCACCCGCCGAGAUAAUCUUCCUCCUACCAAUUACAAUCUCAUCGCUCUCGCCCCGUGGUUCAGUAUCGACUGUACCCUAGCCUACCUUGCUUCUGCGCGUCUCGACCCCAUUCGCGCCUUCAUCUUUUACAAACCCAACAACUCGUCAAACCAGCCUCAAGAUGCGGACUCGCCUGUUUGGAAUCUGGAGGAUGGUGGAGCCUGGAUGACUGUCAACAAAUAUCCGAUUUACGCCAUUUCUGGUCAAGAAGGCCAGAAUAUGAUGCGGCAACUGAGUUACUAUUCAGGCAGUGUGGACGACAUACCUUAUGGCGAAAAUAUCAGCACACUUUAUGGUCCGAAUCCGAAGGAUUAUGUCCGUAUCUGGACCGAACUCAGCGUACAGGACGAAUCCGAUAUUCCACCGCUCUGGGCCUUCUUUCUUAUAGUAAUUGGUGCCUUGCUUGCCAUAUUUGCAUUCGUCUCGAUAACCAUGCACCUUGUUCAACGAAGACGACGUAUAUCACUUCGAAAAAGAGUUGAAUCUGGCGAAGUCGAUCUCGAAGCCAUGGGAAUUAAGCGCCUGACAGUACCCGCUACCCAUAUCGCAAGCUUCCCUCUGUUUACUUACAACGCGGACCCGGAUUCGACAGCGCCUCCUCCGACCCCAUCAUCUACACGACGCAUGCGAAGUAGCCGAGGAUUCGAUCAACGGAGCGUACGAUCCGGUACCAGUGUCCGGAGCAAAAGAUCCAAUAUCGGGGCCUCGGGCGACAAUGCUGCUACUAAUUUCCAACCUAGUUGUCACAUCUGCCUCACAAAUUUCGAACACCGAGUAACUAUCAUUCGAGAGCUUCCUUGCGGUCACAUAUUCCAUCCCGAAUGUAUCGACGAGUUUCUGUCAAAGAACAGUUCGCUCUGUCCUAUGUGCAAGCAUUCAAUGUUGCCCAGAGGCUACAGUCCAAGAAUCACUAAUGGGAUGGUCCGUCGAGAACGCGCUCUAAGAAAAUUACGUCAAAGAGUCGAUCUUGAGGAUUUAUCCGAGGAAGGUGAUAACACGAAGAUGAAGGACUGGAGUAAACGACUAUUCCGAACCUCGACAUCACCUUCACGGCCUUCCUCGUCGCCACUUGUUACUUUAAAGCUACCCAAGUUCAGACGACAGCCUGCUAUAAAUACAGCAACGAAUGAGGAGGAACGAGUAGAAACGCCACCAGCAUCAUCCACCCCCGCGCAAUCCGAGGGACCAGGACCAGAACCAAAUACUCGCCCACCAGCUCCAGCCCAGAUCCCAAAAACAAGAAGGCCCAGACCUCGACUUUUGAAUAUGCUCCCAACACAGCCAGAAAAUUCCGAGUUGAAUACGGGUCCAACGCCAAGACGUGGAAGUCCUUCUUCGUUUGCUCGACAACGCAUGCGCGAAAUUGCAGCCAAGAAUGCCCCCUUCGACGAUCCAGAUUCUCAAAGGGCAAUAUGGCUACGAGCGCUCUCAAAAGUUUUCCCAGGCUAUUUCUAA